CCUUCUCCAAAUGUCCAUUCGCUUUUCGGGAGAUCUGUGAGCCCCUCCUCUCCAUCCUGACGACAUUUGCUGGUGGGUCUAAAGACGCGCUGGAGCUUCAUCUUUUGGUCCACCAGUAGGAUCUCAGACAAGAAGUCACCCACUCGUCUGAGUAACACAGGCACGGGAGAUAAAGCCAAGUCUUCCACUGGAAAACGGGACGGGCAGGAGAAGGAACAUUGUGAACGCUGCAUCAUAUGGACUCUGGGCAUCCUGGAUACUUACUGGAAUUUUAAGGAACGUCGGGUCGUGUUUGGAAUUAUAAUACUGAAUUAAAGAACAGAUAAAAGAUGUUCCUGGAUGUCAAACACAUACUGUGGUUAUUAUGCCUGUACCACACAUCAUGGGGACUUGUCUCAGAGUCACCAACGGUGAUGCUGCCGGUGAGUGGCUCUCUGUCGGGAAAGGUGGUCCUUCCGUGCCACUUCACCUCGCUACCUAAGGUGGAACCCAGCAAUGCCACGACCGCUACAAAAGACAAAAUGCGCAUCAAAUGGACCAAGAUGGAAGGCGACGUGGAGUCUACGGUCAUUGUAGCCAAGAAUGGUGCUAUUAAGAUUGGGUCAGGAUACAGGAACCGUGUGUCCGUACCAAGUCAUCCAGAGGAUGUCGGAGACGCUUCGUUGACUUUGGUGAAACUGAGGGCUAGUGAUGCUGGAACCUACCGCUGUGAGGUCAUGUAUGGUAUCGAGGACAUGCAAGAUACAGUCAGUCUGGAUGUUAGUGGUGUCGUUUUUCAUUAUCGGCCCAACGCCAGUAGAUACACCUUGACUUUUGAUCAAGCCGUGGAGACCUGCCAAAGUGUUGGAGCCUCCAUUGCUACACCAGACCAGCUUAAAGCAGCGUAUGAAGAUGGCCUAGAUCAGUGUGAUGCUGGAUGGAUCUCGGAUCAGUCAGUUAGAUACCCUAUAACUAUGCCAAGAUACACCUGCUCUGGUAACAUGCCUGGAAAACCUGGUGUGCGAUCAUACGGCAUCCGUAACUCCACUGAGACCUACGAUGUGUACUGCUAUGCUGAUAAGCUUGAGGGUGAAGUGUUCUUUGCACAUACCUCACAUGGACUGACCCUUGAGGAGGCCAAGUCCGAGUGUGAGAACAUCGAUGCAGUCCUGGCCUCACCAGGUCAGCUCCAUUCAGCCUGGAGAAAAGGUCUGGACCGCUGUGACUACGGCUGGCUCACCGACGGAAGCGCCCGUCACCCCGUGUCCAUCCCCAGAACACAGUGCGGCGGCGGAUUGCUUGGGGUUCGCACCAUGUACCGCUUCAAAAACCAGACCGGCUUCCCAGAACCCACCAUGAAACUGGGAGCGUACUGUUUCAAAGGUGCUUAUCCAUGUUCUGAUAAUGAAUGUUUCAAUGGGGGCCUGUGCCUGAAGAUGGGUAACAACCAAAUUUGCAGCUGCCCACCAGGAUACUCUGGGGAUCGUUGCGAAAUAGAUAUUGAUGAGUGCCAGAACAACCCAUGUCAUAAUGGAGGUACCUGUAUAGACAGACUAAACUCUUUUACCUGCUUAUGUCUUCCAAGCUACAAGGGAACUCUGUGUGAACAAGACACUGAAACAUGCAGUUACGGCUGGCACAAGUUUCACAGUAAUUGCUACAGGUACGUCCCCCACAGGCGUACCUGGGAUGCAGCUGAGCGUGAAUGCCGUCUUCUGGGCGGACACCUGACUAGCAUUCAGUCCCAUGAGGAACAGCAGUUUGUUAACCGCCUUGGCCACGACUACCAGUGGAUCGGAUUAAACGAUAAGAUGUUUGAAAGUGAUUUCCGGUGGACUGAUAACCAUGCCGUGCAAUAUGAGAACUGGAGACCAAACCAGCCGGAUAGUUUCUUCUCAUCUGGAGAGGACUGUGUGGUAAUGAUCUGGCAUGAGGACGGUCAAUGGAAUGACGUUCCCUGCAACUACCACCUCACCUUUACCUGCAAGAAAGGCACAAUAUCAUGCAGUCAGCCUCCUGUGGUGCAGAACGCUCGUACCUUCGGGCAGAUGCGGCCGAGCUACGAAAUCAACUCGCUGAUCAGGUACCAGUGUGUGGAUGGCUUUAUCCAGAGGCACAUACCUACUAUUCGUUGCAGAGGAGACGGCUCGUGGGACCUACCUAAAAUUUCCUGCAUGACUCCCUCCAACUUCCAGAGAGCAUACCGACAGAGGUAUCAGACCAUCAGAAGUUAUGGCAACCAUCGAAGAAGAUCUACAGACACGGCUGCCAGUCUAUCCCAGAAACACCAUCACCACGCUUCCAAAAUACAAUAAUGACCGUGACUGCUGAGAGAAACUUUUCAACAACACAAAUAUCGGAUGCGGCAGGACGAGAAAUGGAAAAGGACCAGCAUCUGAGCAGCUAAAAGAACCAACACAGUGCCUUUUUUCUCAAGAUUUUCUCAAAACGUAUUCUCAGCUGGCCGCCGUUUCUGCUGAACGACUGACAUUUUUUUUGCUAGUGCCUUUUUUGUGCAUACAAUUCUUCACAAGUCUGCAGAUCCCACUGCGGAAACGUAGUUCAAGUCAGCUACAUAUGAAAGACUUCGAGCCAUAAAACCCAGCAUGGCGGAUGUGUUCGUUUGGAUGCCGUGUAUCGACGUUGCGCCCGUUGGGGAUCCCUGAACUUUUUUGCUACAAAAACAGCACAUGAAACGAGAUAUAGUACAAAAAAAAACAUUAAAGACAGCAUGUCAAUAGAAAAUAGACAAAAAACAGGAGAAGUAGUAACAGUUCAAUGUUUCAUUUAGCUGGAAAGAAACUAACACUACACAAGCUACAGCCAGACUGAAUAUAGCAA